AGCUUUAGCAUUAAAUCGGUCUCGUUUUAUCGUCACUCUAAAGCCGGAGCUCACCCCCAAGCUGCAGGCAUCAACUUUCGAACAAGCGAGAUCUUUUGCCAAUUGGGCUUAGAAGACUUUACUCUAGAGCAGAGCGGUAAAGAGUUUGAUUUCAAUGCCGGUAUGCUUAUUGUCGAAAAGCUUGUGGGUGGCAAAGUUAUAAAACAUCUUCAAGAACAUGAUCCAGAACAUGUCAAGAACUUUACUCCUUCCAACUGGGUAUGGAUAUCGCAACGAAUGUUUGAGCCCAUUUUAAGCCAGAAUGCCGAAAGGUUGAACAGCGAACAGCGCCAUGGCCACCAGGUUCUGCUCUAUGAGGAACAGAAGGAUCAUGUUGUUGUUGUUGUCGUCAAGGAUCUGAACAUUGGCGAUGUCAAAAAGUACAAGACACCAUAUGUGGUUGCAUGUGAUGGCAACCGCAGCCCGACCCGUCAAAAGGAGGGUAUCAGCUGGGAUGGGCCAGGUAUUCUUCGAAACAGUCUUCGCGUCAGCUUCAAAUCAGACCUGAGCCCUUUCAUCGGCAAGAGAAUGGGUCACGGAGUUGUCUACGUGGCAAACAAAGACAUCGGUGGAAGCUUUCGAUUAGAAAAUGAAGGAAAACAGGGCAUUAUGAUGGUCAACAAUGUUGGAUCUAAGACCAGCUUCGAGCCCGGAUCCGUAACAGUGGACGACGCCGAACAAUACUUUUAUCAAUUGUCCGGCUUGACUCCUGACCAGGUAGAUCCUGAGAUCACCAUUGCGGCGUACAAUGCUGGUCGCUUCGAGAGCAAGGGCGGUCGAGUUUUCCUUGCUGAAGACUCUGCCCAUACUAUGCCGCCGACUGGAGGCUUGGGUGGAAAUACCGGAAUAGCUGAUGCUCAUAACUUUGCAUUGAAGUUGGCAUACGUCUUGUCCGGGAAGGCGUCGCAUUCACUGCUUGCAUCGUACAACAUUGAGCGACAACCCAUUGAUGAAUUCACCGUU